AUGGGGGUGGGUGACGAUGUAGCCCCUCGCUUCACGCAGAAGCCAGCACUACGUCAAGAAGAUCGCGCCAAGCGCCUGGUCUUCCAGUGUUGUUCCUGGAGGCGUCGCCAAGCCGGAGAUAUCCUGUUCCGGGGCACCACGCCUCACCAGCUCGACCGUCUGCGCAUGCGUGUGGAUAGUGCAGGAGGAAAUGCGUAUGACGUCAUUAUGGAAACUGGGGUCACGCAAAACGACGCUGGAACUUACAAGGUCACGGCAAGAAUAGACCUCGGGGAGGUGUCCGCCUCCAUCAACCUGAACUUCAGCGCUGGCGGCCAGAAACAACAAGAUGGCAGCCCAAACUUCAUCCAGAAGCCGGUGAGCCAGGAGAGUGGCGGCCAGAAGCUGUUGUUCGAGUGUGUCCUCACGGCCGACCCCCCCCGCAUCACGUGGUUCCGCGACAACACCACCAUCCAGCCGGGAGGUCGAUACACCAUACGCACCGAGCCCCGGGACAAGAACACUUACUUCUUGGUGCUGGAGAUCAACGGCGUCAACGCCCAGGACGCCGGCAACUACAAGGUGACCGCCAAGAACGCGCUGGGCGAGAGCAACGCCACCAUCCGACUCAACUUCGACAGUGCCAAGAAACCUCAGCUGCCGGAGGGCAAGGCCCCCCACUUCACACAGAAGCCGACCAUCAAGCAGCAGCAGAACCUGCUGAUCAUGACCUGCCUGCUGGAGGCUAACCCCACCCCUCACAUCCGGUGGUUCCGCGACACCACGGAGGUGGGCGCCGGUGACCGCUACACCAUCAGCCUGCAGCGUGACCCCGCGGGUGCUGACCUCUACACGGCUAUCCUGCAGAUCAAGGAUCCCAAAGCUGAGGAUGGAGGCACUUACAAGUGUACGGCCGCCAACGACCUGGGCGAAUCCAAUGCAAACAUCACUCUCAACUUUCAAGGUGCGGAGAAGCCCAAGGCAGCAGGACUGCCGCCAACGUUCACAGAGAAGCCCAAGGUAUCCCAGGAUGCCAGCGGCAAGAACCUGGUGAUCACGUGUCAGUGCACGGCCAGUCCUAAGCCCUCCAUCAACUGGUUCAAGGGGACAGCACCGCUACAAGCCAGCCCCCGAGUUGUCCCCACACUGACAGACAACGGCAACAACAGCUUCACGCUGACACUGGAGGUCAAGAACUUCACCUUAGAGGACGGCGGUCAGUACAAGGUCACGGCCAAAAACGACGCCGGCGAAGGCAGCGCCAACAUCACCAUCAACCUUGAGCCCCCAAGGAAGCCCCUCCGCAGCUGCAGGGCAAGCCGUCCAUCCGUCUGGAGGACAACGGCCGCGUCAUCGUCAUCGAGCAGUGCGUGGCCGCCCCCACCGCCCCCACCGUGCAGUGGUUCCAGGGCAGUCAGCCCAUCGCACCUGGCGGCCGCUUCAUCGUCAAAACAGCGCCUGAAGGCGGCCUCUUCUACAUCUCGCUGCAGAUUCCUAACUUCACCGACAAUGACUUCGGGAACCCUACAAGCUUGUGAUGAAAAACAGCGCGGGGAGGCCUCGUCUACAGCAACCGUCAAUGUUGACGCCCUGAGACCCAAGCCCAAGGGGGAGCCCCCCAAGAUCACCCAGAAGCUGAAUCCUCAGAUUGUCAACGAUGGUGAUGCUGUGGAUUUCGUUGCCAAGGUGACAGGAACGGAACCACUGGAGACCACGUGGUAUAAAAACGGCAAGCCCCUGGCGGCGUCUGACAUCUACAGAGUGACCUAUGACAAGGGCACGUGCCGUCUCUACAUUCCAGAGGUGUUUCCAGAAGACUCAGGUAAUUACAGUGUAACAGUGAAGAACCAGUGGGGCGAUGCAUCCUCCAUGGCCAGCUUGCAGGUUAAAGAAGUCAAGGUGGAGCCCAAGCAGGAUGCCAAGCAAGAAGGAAAAGCACAGAUGGAGAUUUCUUUACAGUCCAAGAUGGAGAUCAAGGCAGCACGAAAAGCCAGCAUUGAUAAACUGGGCCAGGAGAAAAAAGAAAUUGUUGGUGAUGGGCCUUUCAUUGAUCCCAAACCCACUAAUCAAGUUGGUGUAGAAGGCCAAACACUCAGUGUGGAAAUCGGCAUCAACUUGAAUGGCAAACCCAAGCCAAAUGUGCGUUUCUACCGUGCGGGUCGUGAGCUGCGGGAGGACUCUCGCAUUACUAUAGUACCCACUCCAUCAGGAGGCGCCAUCCUGGAGAUCAAGAAAACAAGGAUACAGGAUGAAGCCAAGUACUCGGUGUCACUGGAUUUGAAUGGAGCCAUCACUGACACAGCCACCUUCAGUAUUUUCAUCAAAGAUCCAAAGGAUUCCAAUCUUGACUUCAGGUCUAUUCUCAAACACAGGGAGCAAAAGCAAAAGAAAGAAGAGGAAGAGGAUAUAGACUGGGGUUCUCUCAAACCAGAGACUGUUGACAAGAAGGGCAGACGACUCUCCCAGAUUGAACUGACAAAGAUGAGCCUGAAAAAGGUUGAGAAGGCAGAAGGCAGUGACUCAGAAGAAGAAAAAUCCGAGCGAAAGAGAGGGGAAUAUAAAGGUCGAGAGAGGUCAAGCCGGUCUGAGCUGGAGAUGUCAGCAGACUUGAGUUGUCAGACUUUCACACAGGAGAAGCAGAAGGACUCAAGUCGUCGACAGUCUCUGGAACCAGAAAUGCCGGUCAAGAAAGUCUCGGCUGAGAAGCUGGAAGCUAUGGAACAGCAGAGACGUUCAUCCAUGCAAACUCGCCGCGCUUCACUUGCUGAGGUCAUUCCAGACUGGCCCACUCUACAGCCUCGAAAAGUCAUUAAGGAGGAACCAGACAAGUUUAUCAAAGACCUUGAAGACCAGAAGUUGUUGGAGGGAGAUGAGUGUGAGUUUGAGGCUGAAUUCUGCAAACCCAAUGCUCGUGUGCGAUGGUUUAAAAACAAGUUGGAGAUCUUCCAUGGACACAAAUAUCAUUUCAUCAAUGAUGACACAACAUACAAGUUGGUCAUCUCAAAUGUCAAACCAGAAGAUGGGGGCAAGUUUACUGUGGAAUGCAAUGGCGUCAACUCUUCUGCCUGGCUAUAUAUAGAAGCCAAGGAGCCUGAGUACUACUUCACCCAGAAGCUUCCCCAGCAGUAUGAUGUUAAACGUAAAAAGACAGCAAGUCUGGAAUGCUUUGUGUCAGACCCACGAGCCUUUGUUAAGUGGUACAGGAUGGGAGAGCCCUUAGAGUACACUCCAGGCAAGUAUGAGAUCCAGCGGCGAGAAAACCGUUGUAUCUUGCGGGUCCUGGACGCGCAGCCUGAGGACGAGGCGGAGUACUCCUGCAAGUGUGGCAAUGCUGUCACCUCAGCAGAUCUCUAUGUCAAAGAACCUGAAUGGGAGUUUAUGAAGCUGUUGGAUGAUGUGGAGGCUGUAGAGCGGGAGAAGGCCAUCUUUGAAUGUGAUGUCUCAGAUCCCGAGGCUGAUGUCACAUGGUGGCGAGGAGAUAAGAUGGAAGAUGGCUCAAUACGCUGGGAGGAACUUAAGCCUGGUGGCAAGUAUGAGUUCAUAAAGGAGGGUCUGAAACGUCGCCUUCAGAUUAAAAACUGCAGCUCCAAGGAUGACGGAAAGUAUACCUGCAAGAUGCUUGAUCAGCAGACAACGGGGGAGCUCUACGUUGAGCCGGAUGUCAAAUUCAUCAAGAAGCUUACAGACAAAAAUUGUAAAGAGAAGGAAAGCGUUUCUUUGGAAGUCAAGGCCACUAACCCCCACAAGCAUCCUGUCAAGUGGCUGAAGGAUGGCCAGCCUAUUCCUGACAGUGCCCGAUUUGAGGUGUCCCAGAAGGGAGAGAUGUAUAAACUGGCCAUUAAGGACACAGACAUUGCUGAUGGCGGAGAGUACACUCUGCAGAUUGGAGAUCGUCACACUCAGUGCACUGUGAAAGUCCAGCCUUUGCCAAGGCCUCCAAGGAUAGAUGCAAACCAAGUUCCAAAGGAGAUCUUUGUCAAAGAAGGAGAGAAGAUAGAAUUGCGUAUCCCAUAUGACGGUGCUCCUAUUCCACGUGCUCAGUGGUCAAAGAAUGGUGAAGCGCUUAAUGAAGCUAACCUUGACACAGAGACAGUUCCCAGAUGUACGACACUGCGCAUUCCUGGUGCCAAAUGCAGUGACACUGGCCAGUAUGAACUCACCCUCAGUAACGAGGCUGGAACAGACAAGAUUCCUAUCAAAAUAACUGUUAUGGGACCACCUGGCCGCCCAGAGGGUCCACUUGAGGUGAUGGAUAUCUAUGCUGACCGCUGUGCUCUGAUGUGGGACAAGCCCAAAGAAGAUGGCGGUUCCCCCAUCACUCACUACAUUGUGGAGAAGUUAGACAUGGAGAAGGGUGAAUGGGAGAAAGUCUGUGACACUGAGGACAUGGAGAUUGAUGUCUCAGACCUCACACCGGGUCACAAGUACCAGUUCCGUGUCUCUGCUGUCAACUCUGAGGGCAUCAGUGAGCCCCUGGCAACAGACGGUGCAGUCUUGGCCAAAGACCCUUGGGAUCCUACAUCUCCACCAGGCAAGCCAGAGGUGAUAGAUUAUGACAAGGACUAUGUGGAAGUGCAGUUUGCUCCCCCAGAAAAAGAGAAUGGGGCACCAGUUCAGGGCUACGUAAUUGAAUAUCGUCAGAAGGGUGAUGAUGAGUGGAAAAAGGGGACUGAAACCAACAGCCCAGAGCCAAAGGGAACUGUGGAUGGUCUGGCAGAGAACAAGGAGUAUGAGUUCCGAGUUAUGGCCAAGAAUAAAGCAGGUCUCUCUGAACCCAGUUCCUGCUCUCAGCCUAUUCUCACUAAAGCAAGGAAAGUCAAACCACGUAUUAAUCAGCAGACACUUCCAACAAACAUCAAAAUCAAGGUUGGUCAACCCUUUAAACUGCCUGUAGAGUUCAUCGGGGAACCCAAUCCAACUGUUACUUGGAUGGCAAAGAAUCUGGCUGGCUCUGGAAACAAAGACCCAGACACGGGCAUAAAAGGAGAACAAACUGAGCUAAAACCAUCAGACACCAUUCAAAUUGUCAACGUUCCACAACUGUCCACAGUCGACUGUAAGAGUGGGUUGCGCAAAGACACAGGGGAAUACAUCAUAACAGUGACCAACAAGCAUGGCUCUGACACAGCCACUAUCAAUGUCGUUGUGUUGGGACCACCUAUGCGACCAGGAGGACCUCUUGAGGUGAAGGAUAUCACUAAGGACAGUAUGAACUUGAAGUGGAAUCCACCCCCAGAUGAUGGUGGCAAUGAUGUAACGGGCUACCGUGUGGAAAAGUUUGACACUGUUAAAGGCAAGUGGGAAAAGGUUGCUGAUGUGCAAGGUACCAAAUGCCCAGUGUCCAAGCUUACAGAAGGCCAUGAUUACAAAUUCCGAGUCAUCGCCCUAAACCGAAAUGGAGAGAGUGAACCACUUGAAACUGAGAGGGCAGUUACAGCUAAAAAACCAUAUGAUGAACCCCAUCCUCCUAGCCAACCAGAGGUGGUGGAUCGUGACCGUACAUUCAUUGCACUCAAGUGGGAGCCACCCAGCAAUGAUGGUGGGGCCCCUGUCACUCAUUAUGAUAUUGAGCGCAAGGAUCCAAAGACUAACCGCUGGUUUCAGCUAAACAAGACGCCCGUGCCUACACCAGAGUAUCGUGAUGAGAAGGUACAGGAGGGUAAAGAGUAUGAGUACCGUGUCAUUGCUAAUAAUGAAGCUGGACCUUCAGACCCAUCCAUCCCUACCAAACCUAUCCCUGCAAAACCAAUCAAAGAGGCACCUAAACUCAACCUAGAUAGUCUGUUUGGUGCAAAGGAGAUCCGUGUGCGGGCUGGUGAGCCAGUCAACAUCCAGCUUGGAAUCUCGGGUACACCAAACCCCACAGUUUCUUGGCAUAAAGAUGGAUUUCCUGUUGGCAACAGGGCUCAUACACAGAGCAAUGAUAAGGAGUCUAAGCUGAAUAUUGCCAGAGCAGAACGAGGUGACACAGGCAAGUACUCCAUCAAGGUGACCAACCCACACGGAGAGGAGACAGCAGACAUCAAUGUUAUUGUUCUAGACAAGCCUGCCCGUCCAGAAGGACCACUGGAAGCCACUGACAUUACAGCUGAUUCUGUUAAACUUAUUUGGGCGCCACCUAAAGACAACGGUGGAGCUGAAGUCACAAACUAUGUGAUCGAAAAGCAGGAGGAGGGAUCCAAUUUAUGGGAGAAGGUACCAGGCAUGGUGACAGACACCCAGCACACUGUUAAAGGCCUCAAAGAUGGCAAGACCUAUAAGUUCCGUGUCAAGGCAGAAAACAUCUACGGUGUUAGCGAGCCUUUGGAAGGUUCCAAAGUUCUAGCCAAAAAUCCUUUUGAUCCACCUGAUGCUCCACGUGAUCUUGAGAUUCCCAAAUAUGACCGAUUCUCUGCCACCCUGAAAUGGAAGGAACCCUUGUCUGAUGGUGGCAACAAGAUCAAAGGUUACAUUGUGGAGAAACGUGAGCGGGGCAAAGACUGGACUAAGGCAAGCACUUUCCCAGUACCUGAAACUAACUUCACAGUGCUCAAUCUCAAAGAGGGCAGCAUCGUGGAAUUCCGUGUUUGUGCUGUCAAUGAUGGAGGGCCUGGAGCUCCCUCAAAAGCCACUCCUCCCCACACAGUCAGGGACCAGAUCUUCCCUCCUGGAUCCCCAUCACAGCCAAAUGUGGACAAGAUCACCAAGAACUCAGUGGACCUGUCAUGGAACAAACCUGUCAGCGAAGGUGGUGCUAAGCCAACUGGCUACGUAGUUGAAAAGAAGAAGAAGGGAGAAGACUGGAUGGAAUGUGCCUCAGUGCCUGGCACUGCCACUGCUGCCACUGUCACUGGGUUGGUGGAGGGAGAAGAGUAUCAGUUCCGUGUCAGAGCAGAAAACCCUGCUGGCACAGGGGAGCCCAGUAAACCAACCAAUGCCAUUAUUGCUGCUGACCAGCCAGAAAAACCCAAACUGGACAUGUCCAAGGUAAAGGACAUCACUGUCAAGGCUGGUCAGGAGUUCCGUAUUGCUGUUCCUUUCACUGGUGUACCAAAGCCGACAGCCAAGUGGGAACUCAAUGGAAAUGAUAUAGAGGUUUCUCCUCGUGUCAACUCUAAACUUACAGAUGAGGCAGCCCUGCUUGCUGUAGCAAAGGCCAAGCGUGAGGACACAGGCAAGUACACCCUCACACUGAAGAAUCCCUCAGGUGUGGAGACAGGAACAGUCAACGUCAAUGUUCUUGACAAACCACAACCUCCCAGAGGCCCAAUGGAAGCCAGUGAAAUCAACGGUGACUCACUUACACUCACCUGGCAACCCCCUAAAGAUGAUGGAGGUGAGCCCAUUGCCAACUACAUUGUGGAGAAACGCAAAGCUGGUACCAACCGGUGGACCAAAGUCAGCAGUUUUGUACACACUCCAACAUGUCAGGUUCGUAAUCUGGAGCCUGGUACCAAGUAUGAUUUCCGUGUGAUGGCUGAAAACUCUCAAGGUGUUAGUGAGCCAUUGGAAACAACAGAGCCUGUCCUAGCCAAGCAUCCUUUUGAUGCCCCACGAGCACCCAGCAGCCCAAAAUGUCUCACAACAACAGAGGACAGCAUCACUUUAGAGUGGAGUCCACCCAAGAAGGAUGGAGGCAGUCCUAUCUUAGGCUAUGUGCUGGAGAAAAGGGAAAAGGGUGAACAGAAGUGGACCAAGGCCAAUGUGCAGGAGAUUCCAGACACAGAAUUCACUGUCAAAGGCUUACAAGCAGGCAGGGAAUAUGAAUUCCGUGUGGCUGCUGUUAACGCUGCAGGCAUUGGAGACUUCAGUGAUGAGAGUUCUGCAAUCAAAGCAGCCCCACCACCUGUGGCACCAAAAAUUAGCCGUGACCUUUUGGGAGCUGGUAAAGACAUCAAGGUUAAAGUUGGUGAUGAGUUCAAGAUAACAAUUCCAUUCACAGCAAAUCCCACACCAGCAGCUGCUUGGUCACAGGGUGGGCUGACUGUUCACCCAACAGAACGUGUCAAGCUGGACACCUUGCCUGAUAAAGCCGUGCUGACCUGCAAGCGUGCAGAGAAGACUGACACCGGGAAAUACAACCUGACCUUGACCAAUGACAAGGGCUCUGACAGUGCAGCUGUUAAUGUCAUUGUCUUUGAUACACCUAGCCGACCCGAAGGACCUCUUGAGGUGCUUGAUGUCACACCUGACUCCUGCAUACUCAAGUGGAGUCCACCAGUUGAGGAUGGAGGCAGUCCCAUUACCAACUAUGUGGUGGAGAAACAAGACCUCAGAACGGGAAAGUGGGAACCUGUCAGCAAGUUUGUGCGCAAUCCAACAUAUGAGGUUAUGGGACUGACAGAAGGUCAUGAGUACAACUUCCGGGUUAUGGCAGAAAAUCAGUUUGGAGUUAGUGAACCUCUUGAGACAGUCAUGUCAGUUGCAGCACAGUAUCCAUACACCAUUCCUGAUGCACCAGGAACACCAAAAGUUGACGACAUUGAUGAGUCAUCAGUUUCCCUGGUGUGGACCAAGCCUAAAAGUGAUGGAGGAAAAAAAAUCCAGGGCUAUGUAGUGGAGUACAAAGAAGUCAGUUCUAACCGCUGGAAGCCAUACAAUGAGACACCCAUAAAAGAGACCUUUGGUACCGUGGAUGGUCUAAAGAAGGAUACGGAGUAUGAAUUCCGUAUAAGAGCCAAGAACGUCGCAGGCUUGGGCAACCCAAGUGACAGCACUGAAGCUGUCCAUGUCAGGCCCAAAUACAGCAAACCUGGAAUACCUGGAGUGCCAGAAGCUGCACGCAUUGGCAAGACAUUUGUAGAACUGAAGUGGGAAAAACCUCGUAAUGAUGGAGGGAGUCGCAUCACUGGCUAUGUGAUUGAGAAAAGAGAGAAGGGGAUGACCGGAUGGACAAAGGCCAAUGAUUUCCCAGUGCCAGACAACACCUUCACUAUAAGCAACCUGGCAGAAAACUCAGAGUAUGAGUUUCGAAUUGCAGCCGUCAAUGCAGCAGGGGCUGGGGAGCCAAGUCUGGCUUGCGCACCAAUUAAGAUCAAGGAGAAAGUUGAUGGCCAUGCACCAGACUUUAUCAAAAAAGCACAUAAUGCCAAGGGACCUCUUGGUGGGGAUGUCUUUUUCAGCGUUGAAUACCAGGGGAAGCCUAAACCAACAGUUGUGUGGACAAAGAAUGGUAUAGAGGUGGGGAGUGGAGGUCGUACAAGGGUCAAAGAAGAUGAUGGCAGCAGUACUCUCUACAUCACUGACUUAUACGAAAAGGAUGCAGGCGAGAUCGUCUGUGAAAUUUUCAACGCAUUAGGCCGCGAGACCUGCAAAGCCAAUCUUGAAGUUCAAAUGCCACCAAAGGUGGAAAAAGACAUUCGUGACCAGAAAGUGGACAAGGGAGAUCAGUUUAAAAUAAAAAUCCCCUUCAGCGGCUCUGGACCUUUCGAAUUCAAAGUCAAACGCAAUGGCCGUGAGCUUUCUGAAGGAGAUCGUAUCAAAAUUUCGCCUUUCGAUGACUAUCUCACCCUUGUCAUCAAAGACACACAGCUAGAUGACAGCGGGAAGUAUGAAGUGGAGAUUAGUAAUGAGAGUGGGUCAGUGGUGGCUCCUUUCAAUCUCAAGGUUGUCAGUCCUCCUGGGGAGCCAACAGGACCUCUGAAUGUCUCAGACAUAACCAAACACACCUGUCGGUUGUCAUGGAAACCACCCAAAGUUGAUGGAGGGGCCCGGAUUACUGGCUAUCUGAUUGAGCGUCAAGAAGUGGGCAAGCCAUACUGGGUGACAGUAUCUUCACAGUGCAAGGACACAUCUAUAGAUGUACAGGGUCUGUAUGACAACCACCAAUAUCUCUUCCGUGUAGCAGCCAUAAAUGAGAAUGGCACAGGAGACUUCCUCGUUAAUGAGAGUCCUAUAAUAGCCAAGAUGCCCUUUGACACACCAGACUCACCAGGCAUUCCAGAGGUCACAGAGGUUGGUGGGGAUUUUGUAUCUUUGACCUGGGAAAAGCCAAGAUCGGAUGGUGGAGGCCGUAUCACAGGCUACUGGAUUGAGAAAAGGGAACACGGUACAGAUAACUGGUCACGUGUGAACAUAACACCAUGCAUCACCAACAUGAUCAACAUACCAAGCUUGAUUGAAGACCGACGCUAUGAGUUCCGUGUCUUUGCUGAGAAUGAAGCAGGCCUAAGCAAACCCUCCAUUGCCUCCAACAGUGUCAAGAUUAAAGAUCCUAAUGCUGCUGUCGUUCCUGAGUUUACCAGUGGACUGCGCAAGGUGGCUGCUGUCGAGGGCAAGACUGCACGAUUUGAGUGUGAAGUUAGUGGGCAGCCAAAACCAGAUAUUCAGUGGUACAAGGGCUCCCGGGAGAUCCAUGACGGCAACAAGUAUGAGAUUAUCUCAGAGGGUGACAGACAAAUUCUAGUGAUACACGAUGUGUAUGGUGAAGAUGCUGAUGAAUACUCUGUAAGAGCCAGCAACAAGGGAGGUAGUCGUGUCAGCCGGGCCGACCUUGAGAUCAGCUCUCCUCCUAAAAUCAAUGUUCCACCUCGUUUCCGUGAUGUGUGUACAUUUGAGAAAGGUGAGAAUGUAGCGAUCAAGAUCCCCUUUACUGGAAACCCCAAGCCCAGUGUCAAGUGGAUCCGGGAUGGCCAAGAGCUACAUGGAUCCCGAUACCACCAAGAAGUCACAGAACGACAUGCACUUCUGACCAUCAAGGAUGCUUCAAAAGAUGAUGAUGGUCCAUAUCGUCUGUCCCUGGAAAAUGAUUUGGGCACUGACUCUGCCGUGAUCAAGAUUCAAGUGAAUGAUCGCCCUGAUCCACCCCGCUUCCCUGUUAUUGAGAACAUUCGUGAUGAUUCUGUGGUGCUGUCAUGGAAACCACCACUCAAUGAUGGUGGCAGCUUUAUUACAGCCUAUGUAGUAGAGAAGAGAGAGAUCCCAUCCAACAACUGGUUUCGUGUGGCUUCCACAAGGUUUACUUUUCACAACAUCACUGGUCUCUCCUCCAACAAGGAGUAUUUGUUCCGAGUCAUAGCAGAGAACUUCUAUGGUCGUAGUGAUCCUUGUGAGACAACAGAGCCUAUUAAGACUGAAGACUCAGAGGAGGCUCGAAAGAAAAAACAGCUAGAGGAUGAGUUUGGAAGAAAAGUGCGAGGAAAAUAUGAUGGGCCCAAGAUUAAUGACUAUGACAAAUUCUUUGAUGACAUCUGGAAGAGGUUUGUACCUCAGCCUGUGGAGAUCAAACAAGGCAGUGUCUAUGACUAUUACGACAUCCUGGAAGAGCUGGGCAGUGGAGCAUUUGGUGUGGUGCACCGAUGUAUUGAAAAGGCAACAGGUAGAGUGUUUGUUGCCAAGUUCAUUAACACACCAUACCCGCUGGACAAGUACACGGUGAAGAACGAAAUCAACAUCAUGAACCAGCUUCACCAUCCUAAGCUCAUCAACCUUCAUGAUGCCUUUGAGGACAAAUAUGAGAUGGUACUCAUCCUAGAAUUCCUGUCGGGAGGGGAGCUGUUUGAUCGCAUUGCUGCAGAAGAUUAUAAGAUGUCAGAGGCAGAAGUUAUUAACUACAUGCGGCAGGCAUGUGAGGGUCUCAAGCACAUGCACGAAAACAGUAUUGUCCAUCUUGACAUCAAGCCUGAGAACAUCAUGUGUGAGACAAAGAAGUCGAACAAUGUCAAGAUUAUAGACUUUGGCUUGGCUACAAAGCUUAAUCCAGAUGAGAUUGUUAAAGUCACCACAGCAACUGCUGAAUUUGCUGCUCCUGAAAUAGUAGAGCGCGAGCCUGUGGGCUUCUACACAGAUAUGUGGGCAAUUGGUGUCCUGGCAUAUGUUCUACUCAGUGGGCUGUCACCUUUUGCUGGGGAGGAUGACUUGGAGACACUGCAGAAUGUCAAGCAGUGUGAUUGGGACUUUGAUGAAGAUGCAUUUGGUCACGUCUCUAAUGAAGCUAAGGACUUUAUCCGGCAGCUACUUCAGAAGCAGCCACAGAAACGCAUGACUGUUCAUGAGGCAUUGGAGCAUGCCUGGCUCAAGGGUGACCACAGUGAUCUCACAAACCGAAUACCAUCUAGCCGCUACAACAAGAUCAGGCAAAAGAUCAAAGACAGAUAUGCGGACUGGCCACAACCCAUGCCAGCCAUUGGGCGUAUUGCUAACUUUAGCUCUCUCAGGAAACACAGACCUAAAGAAUUUCACAUCUAUGACAGCUACUUUGAUCGACGAGAAGCAGUCCCAAGAUUUGUCCGUAAGCCUCGUAACCAGAUUGCUGCUGAAGGACAGACAGCUAAAUUUGACUGCAAGAUAGUUGCAGCUUCUGCUCCCAUUGUUACAUGGUACAAGGACGAAGGCUUAUUGACACAAAGCUACAAGCACAUGCAGAAGUAUAUGGGCAACGAAUAUGAACUGAAGAUCAGCCGCAUUAAGAUGGAUGACAAAGGAGAAUACAUUGUUAGAGCUGAAAACUCAUUUGGCAGGAAAGAAGAGCGUGCCACUCUCAAGGUCGAACCGGGACUGGAGACUCAGGCCAGGGCACCUAGCCGAGAGAGUACGCCUAGAAAGAAGCGAGUAUUUGAAGAUCUGCCAAUUGAAAAACCCAAAGAAGAUGAAGAGCCAAAUUUUGGAUUUGAACUCCGACCUCGUACUAUCCAGGCGGGAACCUACUUUAAACUCAUCUGCCACGUUCAAGCACAUCCAGUUCCCAAGGUAACAUGGUCUAAGGAUGGAAAGGACUUAUCAGAUGGUGAUCAUUAUAAUAUCACGUACUCACAUGGUAUCUGCACAUUGGAGGUGGCAGUGGCACGUCCUGAUGACACUGGUCGCUACACAUGCCGUGCUGUCAAUUCACUGGGUGAACAUGAAACAUCCUGCAAAGUUACUGUAGAAGAGCGUGCAGCUCUUAAGCCAAAAGAGAGUUCUCAGUCCACUUCCAAAGUUUCACGAAUGGCUCGACGCACAAAGUCAGGCACAGAAAUUGAAGAGUUCUCUAGCUAUGAGCAGUCCUCUUCCUCCAAGACCACACGGCGAACUGACCGAGAUGAGGAAACAUCUUUUUCUUCAUCGCGUUCAGAAAGGAAAACCAUGACUUCCAGUAGCUCUAGUAGUUCCAGACAAGAGGAGCGCAGUGAAGAAGAAGCUCCCAAGUUCAUACAGACCUUAUCACCAGUUGAAGUUACUGAAGGAGAUCCACUUAUCUUGUCCUGCAGCUUGACAGGCAAACCAGAACCCAAUGUUGAAUGGUUCUUCAAUGGCCAGCUCCUGUCUUCAGAUGAUGUGGUGACCAUUAGUUACCGCAAUGGCAAGUGUCAGUUGGAGAUAAAGGAAACUUUCAUCGAUGACGAGGGUGACUACAUCUGUAAAGCUUCCAACACUGCUGGUGUUGCAUCCACAAAGGCCAAUGUUGUUGUCAAAGCUGCCAAGAAACAGAUCGCUACCUCUGUGGAGAAAAAAGUAGAUGUGGAGGCUCCACGCUUCCUGGAGCAUCUGCAGGGCCAAAGUGUGUUUGAUGGUGACCAAGUCACACUGCAGUGUCGCAUUUCAGGUAAACCUGAGGUCACCUGGUCAUGCAAUGGGAGGGACAUUACGGACAGUGAUGAUUUCAAGUAUCAGAAUGCCGGGGACAUCUUCAAGCUAGUUAUAGGUGAAAUCUACCCUGAGGAUGGUGGUGUUUAUACCUGCACAGCAACCAACACUGCAGGCAUGGCCUCCAGCAGUGCCACUGUCUUUGUGGCUGUUCCUGAUGAGGAACCCACAGCACCUGUGUUUCAAGAAUUCCCAAGGUCACAGAAUGUAGAGGAGGGCAGCCCUGUCACCCUCUCUUGUACCCUCAAUUCUUCUGCGCCAGUCACAGUCACUUGGAGUAAAGAUGGCCGCCAGCUGGAGGACACUGGCCGAUUCAGCUUCCAUCAAGAUGGAAAUACAUUCACUCUCACCAUCCCUGCUGCUUUAGCCACAGACACUGGCAUCUAUUGCGUCACAGCUACAUCAGAACUUGGCUCAGCUUCUUGGUCGUCUUCUCUUGGGGUUGCCAUUGGGAGGCUAGUGGUGGGGAUGAGGCAAGACUACAGGAGCUUCUCAAAUCUGUAGAGUGAUGUCAAGGACAGACAAUUCCUCUUGUAAAUAUGGCUGCCAAUCUGUCUUCACUCCCUUUUGUGCCAGCUGUACCAUGUCAGCAUCAUAACAGCACAGACGUUGUACCAGGUGUUGUGCCCUUCACCCAGUGGUGACUAUGGCUUCUGUGCUUUAACAGGCCAUCAUGGCAAACUACCUACAGCAGCAUUUUCUCCACCACCCAUUGGUGAUCUCUUCAUGCAUUCUUAAAGCCUUAACUUACACCAAACACAGCCACCCUGGUAUGGUGGCUUCUAGCGUAGCUGCACUUUCGACACAGGCUUGGUGGAGUGAAAGAAACUGACAUGUGAUGUGUGCAGUCCCAUAACCAUGGUGACAAUAUGUAUAGUAUAUGUUCCCACAGGCAGAAUGGUGACAAUUUGUAUAGUAUCUGUUCCCACAGGCAGAAUGGUGACAUUUAGCUUUGUACCCACACUGCUCCUCCCUCCUACCUUCCCCAAUAGUCCAGGGACUGUUGAUGUGCUUGUCACCAGUUUGUGCCUGAUCACAGUCCAGUUAGUCUGCCAUACAACAGCUGCUGCCCUUGUAGAUGCCUGCUUCAGGUGUAGACCCAAGUGAAAUCCGUUUGUGAGUUAUUCAUGGUUGCAAUGCCAGUCUCAUCCUGCCUGACAGCUCUGGCUGCCCUGUCUGUAGCAAAGUGUUUUAAGCAUAGUUUAGUUUCUGUGCCAGUACUUAAUAACUGUGUCAUCUUGCUCCACCCCAUCCUUGUACCUGAAGCAACAUGCUGUCUGUGGUGAAUUGACUGGGUCAGUGGUGUGGGUCUGGUAUGUUUGUACAAUUCCUUAUCUUUCUUUAUUGCUCAUAACCUACACAAGAUGUAAGACUUCCUCUAGCACCUCUAGCCUUAAGCUUGCCACCCAUCCCCUACCCAUGGUACUAAAAGUUUUCAUAAGAUUCAUGCUAAUCUGCGGAUGAUGGAGAAAAUAAAGUAUCUAAAAAUCAC